AUGAAUCCACCUGGAGGGGCCAGCUCAGCCCAGCUGGCUGCACCGGGCCUGGCUGCAGUCAUUGCAGUGCCCGGUUCCGACGUCAGACUCGGAAUUGGUGAAUGCUCUAAAGCAACAAAGCAACCAUCCGUCCCUGGACCGCGUGCUGACAUCUCCGCCCACGUCUCCACCUUUCGGACUCGUUGCCACUUUGUAAGAAACGUUCAACUCCCGACAUGA